AUGAGUGACCAGACCUGCAGCGGUUUGAUUCGCACGGAUGACGGCUCAUACAGCAUCGCCGCCUAUUGGAAGUACCAUCUGUUUUUGCUGCAGGAGAACGCUCCAAAGCCGCGGCCGUUGCUGUGCAAUGGGUUGCCCAAGGCGGUUACGGCUUCGAACCGGCCGCCGUUCUACGGGUUGGAGUUCCAUGGACCGAUCAGCCGCGAGAAGGCCGACGAGUUGCUGGCGGCUAGCGGCGAGGGCAGCUACUUGGUACGUGAAAGCCGUCGAGCCGAGAACUCGUUCACACUGUGUAUCCGCUUCGACGGCUUCACUAAGAAUUACAAGCUGUUCUACGAUGGCCAGCACUACGUCGGCGAAAAGCGCUUCGACAACGUGAACGACUUGGUCGCUGACGGCCUCAUAACGAUGUACGUCGAGAAACACGCCUCAGAGUAUAUCAAACGCAUGUCUGAAGAGACGGUGUACGACGAAUCGCCAUACAACCAGUACCAAAAGAUGCGUCGGAAGCUGAAGAGUCUGAAGAAUCAACAGCACUCGCCCGAAAUUUCAAUGACAGGGACCUUCGAUGACAGCAUGACUUUGGUCAGCCGACACCGGAAUUCGUCAGAAGGUAGUACUCGGUCGUUGGAGCAGGAUUCUCAAAAAGUGCAUCGUUUCAAGAUGCAUAGCUUCCAUGGGCCCCAUUGGUGCGACUUCUGCGGCAAUUACAUGUGGGGCCUGGUGCAGCAGGGUGUGAAGUGUGAGGACUGCGGGUUCGCGGCGCACCGCAAGUGCGGCGAGAAGACGCUGCCUGACUGCAGGCCGGACUCGAAAUACGUCAAGCGGAUGUUCGGCGUCGACCUCACGACAUUCGUUAUGGCGCACAACAUCGAACGGCGAGGCCUGGACACCGAGGGUCUGUAUCGCAUCUCGGGAUCACACGAGGAGAUCGAACGCCUGCGCAUGCUGUUCGACACCGAGGGAAGGGUUGACCUCCGCAAAUGCCGGGUCGAGGAUGUGCACACGCUGACCGGACUGCUGAAGCUUUACUUUCGCAUGCUGCCCAUCCCGUUGAUUACACACAGCGCCCGGCGUGAGUUCGGCCGCGUCAUGAGUACCACAUUCAGCCGCGAACGCGAGCGGCUCAGGCGUUUCCGCAAGGUGAUGGAUACCGUGUUGCCUCCCGCUCAUUAUAACACCACCAGACGUUUCAUCCUGCACCUCUCGAACGUCGCCAAACGCAGUUUCUGUAAUAAGAUGACCGAAGAGAACUUGGCUAGGAUCCUGGUGAUGACGGUGAUGAGUCACCCGAUUCAUGAGUCCGAGUUUUUGAUCCUUCCCCAGCAGGAUCUGUUCAUCCUUCACUACCUGAUUGACAACGCCAAAAAACUUUUCCCUGAAUCUUGA